AUGAAUCAAAUGGAUUCAGACAGCGGCACCACCAGCAACACGCCCUCCAAAAGAUUGGUCGGAAAAGUGGCAGUGGUGACCGGAGGCGCUCGAGGUAUCGGCGCAGCCACCGCCCGCGCCCUCGCCGCGAGCGGGGCCCACGUCGUGAUCGCGGACGUCCUCGACAAACCCGGGUCUGACCUCGCCGCCUCCAUCGACGGCCGCUACUCUCACUGCGACGUCUCCGUCGAGCGCGACGUGGAGCGCGCGGUCCGCAUGGCGCUCGACUGGAAAGGCCGGCUGGACAUCAUGUUCAACAACGCGGGCGUGGCGGGGCCCGACGGCAGCAUCACGGCCCUCGAGACCGACCAGCUGGCGUCCCUGCUGGCCGUGAACCUCCACGGGGUCGUGCACGGGAUCAAGCACGCCGCGCGGGCCAUGAUCGAGGGCGAGAACAAAGGGACCAUCAUAUGCACGUCGAGCUCGGCAGCCGUCAUGGGUGGGCUGGCGGGCCACGCGUACACGAUGUCCAAGGGGGCUAUACUGGCCCUGGCGAGGAGCACGGCCUGCGAGCUCGGGGCUUACGGGAUACGGGUGAACUGCGUGUCGCCGCACGGGGUGCCCUCGGAGAUGCUCGUGGGUGGGUACAGAAGGGUGCUUGGGGAUCCGAGUUUGGGGGAGGAGGACGUGAGGAGGAUAGUGAGGGAGGGGGGGAUGAGUGUUCUGCGUGGGCGGGUGGCGAGCGUGGAGGACGUGGCUCGGGGGGUGCUGUUCCUGGCGAGUGACGACGACUCGGGGUUUGUGACGGGACAUAAUUUGGUUAUAGAUGGGGGUUUCACGUCGGCUAACAAUCAAAUGAGUCUCAUGUAUCACAAUUCACAGCCACGUUAA